CUCUGAUAGCAUUUGGGGGAGGGAUGCUCUUAGGGGGUACUUUAUUUUAUUUUCCACUUAAUAAAGCUGUGAGUGAAUGUGAAACAGGCUGGGAGAGUAACUGGGCAGCCGGGAGGGGGCAGCAGCUGAACACACUCCUCCCUCUUUCAUUACCCUUUUUUUUCUCUCCUCCCUAGCCAGGACUGAAAGAAUGUUCUCUCCGCCCAGGGGCGGUCGGUGGGCGUGGAUGCCGGCCGGCGUCGUCAAGUCUUAGAAAUAGCCUCAGUCGGCGAGGAUUCUGUGCAAUACCAGAGAGAGAAACGAAAAGGAGGGACCUGAAAGCCGACAGCCUUUGGCACUGAGAGCUCGCUUGCAAACGGGCUUCUUAAGGCAGAAAGGUCGGGUGGGGACAGCUGAUUUGCUCGCAAUCCUCUGGGAGCCUCGCGAAUCCUUUGUAGCAUCCGUCACCGGAGCCACAGGGCAACCCCGUAACUCAUCGUUGCUCGUGCAGCAGCUCCGAGGGUGGGGACGUUUUAAGCCGAGAACUGGGAAGAAAGCUCGGCUUCAGAGCCUUUGCUACGCGUUGCAAGGCUUGGUUUUUUUUGUUUUGUUUUUUUGGCAAGACUUAUUUUUUGGUUGCUUUUUAAAGGUCGUACUGUUAUAUCUACCGUACGCAUCGUUCCCCUUCUUUCUCCUCUCGGCUUUGUCUCGAGAGGUCUUUUGAUUUUAAAUUUCAUUUGCAAAUUUAGUGAGUUUAGUCAAGGCAAGGGCGAUACAGCCCCGAAAUCUCGCAGUGAAGAUGCCCUUGGAGCUGACUCAGAGUCGGAUGCAAAAGAUAUGGAUUCCUAUCGAUCACCGUCCUUCGCUGCCAAGAUCCUGUGGACCUCAGCUGACCAACUCACCUACAGUGAUUGUCAUGGUUGGACUCCCAGCUAGGGGAAAGACUUACAUGUCCAAGAAGUUGACACGCUACCUCAAUUGGAUUGGUGUGCCCACAAAAGUUUUCAAUGUCGGCGAGUACCGCAGGGAAGCGGUGAAGGAGUUCAGUUCUUAUAAUUUCUUCCAUCCUGACAAUGAAGAGGCCAUGAGAGUUCGGAAACAAUGUGCCUUAACUGCUUUGAGAGAUGUCCAGUUAUAUUUGAAAGAAGAAGGGGGUCAGAUUGCAGUUUUUGAUGCUACCAAUACCACAAAAGAGAGAAGAGAUAUGAUCCUUGAAUUUGCAAAAGAAAAUGACUUUAAGGUAUUUUUCAUCGAGUCUGUAUGUGAUGAUCCUUCUGUAGUCGCCUCCAACAUUAUGGAAGUUAAACUCUCCAGCCCUGAUUAUAAAGAUUGCGGCUCAGCAGAAGCCGUGGAGGACUUCAUGAAAAGAAUUAAUUGCUAUCAAGCCACCUACCAACCUCUUGACCCAGAUAACUAUGAUAGGAAUCUGUCACUGAUCAAGGUGCUUGAUGUUGGCCGCCGAUUCCUGGUAAACAGAGUCCAAGAUUAUAUCCAGAGCAGAAUAGUUUAUUACCUGAUGAACAUCCAUGUUCAGCCCCGGACCAUCUACUUAUGUCGCCAUGGGGAGAGCGAGUACAACAUCCUAGGGAGAAUUGGUGGAGACUCUGGCUUGUCCAUCCGGGGGAAGAAGUUCUCCGUCGCCUUGUGCAAGUUUCUUGAGGAGCAGAAUUUGAAAGACCUUAAAGUAUGGACCAGUCAACUUAAAAGGACUAUCCAGACAGCAGAAGCCCUCAAACUACCUUAUGAACAGUGGAAGGCCCUCAAUGAAAUUGAUGCUGGAGUCUGUGAAGAGAUGACCUAUGAUGAGAUCAAGGACGCUUAUCCUGAGGAAUAUGCCCUUCGUGAUCAGGACAAAUAUUAUUAUCGCUAUCCUACUGGAGAGUCUUAUCAAGACCUAGUUCAGCGCUUGGAGCCAGUGAUCAUGGAAUUGGAGAGACAGGAAAAUGUAUUGGUCAUCUGCCAUCAAGCUGUCAUGCGCUGCCUUUUGGCCUAUUUUCUAGACAAGAGUGCAGAUGAAAUGCCAUAUUUGAAAUGUCCCCUCCACACAGUGUUGAAAUUGACACCUGUGGCCUAUGGUUGCCGUGUGGAGUCCAUUUAUUUGAAUGUGGAAGCAGUAAACACACACCGGGAAAGGUCCGAGGAAGCAAAGAGGGGACCUAACCCGCUCAUGAGACGCAAUAGUGUUACCCCACUAGCCAGCCCUGAGCCUACCAAAAAGCCUCGAAUCAACAGCUUUGAGGAGCAUAUGGCUUCCACUUCUGCUGCCCUGCCCAGCUGCCUGCCCCGGGAGGUGCCCACGCAACCUUUACUAGGGAAAGCCUGUUUAACCUGAAUAAUGCAUCAACCCAAUUUUGACUCUUCCUGAAACUCUGAAACAAAUGAAACCAAUUGCAUUCCAUUGCCAUUUCUGAAGCUUGGCUUAUGCCCCUCCAUUUAAUCUGGGGCCCUGAUAAUCCCAACUGCUGCUUCCAUAAAACUGACCGAAUUUUUGGGGUGAGGGGGUGGAAUUAUUCCCUCUUGAUUCCCAUCAUUCAACCAUCUUGUGACUUCAAGGCCGUGUAUAGCCCUUCUGCUGUAAAGAAUCGUCAAUUUUUCAUUUUACUUUUUUUUCCUCAUCUCAUUCUUCAGUCUCAAUGGAUGUCUCUGGCACCCUCUGGAAAGGCUUUGGGAAGUGUGAGAAAGGGAGAAUUGGCUGAGAAGAGAACGUCUCUGCUUCUUUUCUACCUUUCUACCUUAGCAGUUAUCUCAGGAUGGCAGGUCAGAAUUUAACAGGAUAAUUCAAGAUAGCUGGCCUCUUGAACCAUCCACUUUUUGUUUUGUCCUCUGAAGACCGGGAGUAGAACCAGCAUAUGAUGGCUUGGAGGUGGUUAUGUGCAAACAAAAUUUGGAUUUGGAGAAGUAGACCUCUUCAGGAAUUCAUGAGACAGAAAUCUUGCUAUUUGACUAAAGCAAAGAAUUACUCUCCUUUGUUUUUAUUCAGAGUCUGUUUUUUUCUCCAAGCAGAAUAUGAGAAUGGGCACCAAUGAGAAGACACCAUUCUCUUCAAACUGCUUGUAUUUGCACCUUCUGUGGAAGAAACAGGAUGAAAAAUCCAUACUUUUUUCCCACAGAACUUGAACAUGGAUCACAGGAGCUGGGUCAGGUUGUGAACUGGAAAUAUUGGCAGGGUAGGAAACAUCUGCAGGGCAAAGCUUGUUUCCCAAAGAGUUGUGCAGCUCCAAAGUGAGAGUCUUGUUAGGAGUCCGAGUUAGCGGACUAUCCCUGGAGGGCUGAGGGAGGAGGAUAGAAUAGCCAGUACCAAAAGACUGCCUGCUUUCAGUUCAAUAUUGAGCAUCCGCUGUCUCCCUAGCAUUGGUCCAGGUGCUCAUCGACUAGAGUGCAGAGGUAGGGGAGAUUUCCAUAACACAGAUGGCCUUCAGGUGCCAUUUCUCUUGGCUCCACAAGUGGGACACAGAGAAGGCCUUUGGGGGAAAUGGUUCAGGGAGGAAGAGUCAGACCACAGUGCCUCAUAGGUUAAUCAAUUAGUAGGCUCUUAAAGACCCAUGCACUGGGCUUGCACUCCAGAGUUCCUGUGUGUUCACACCUGUUCUCAUUCUAGAGCUCAUAUUUGAUAUUUAUUGGCAGCCCAGUGACAAGUCAGAUUGUCAUAAACAUGCCUAAGAUCCUCCCUUUCUUAAAAAACCAUCUUGUCAAUCAUCCAUCUUGUGGAUGUGCACGCAGGCCCAAGUGCAUGUUUAUAUAAACGUGAAUUGAACUCACUUUGUUCUUUGAUAGAUUGCUGUAAUCUGCUUUCUUGUACUCAUUUCUGUUUUUAAUGGACAGAAGGUGGCCAAGAAUAGAAUUUUGUUUAAUUAGUUCAUCGUGAGGAUCUCUAGGAUGUUUGCUCUUUUUUAAAACAAGCAGCUAGCAUUACCUAAUGAGUGAGGAGGAGGAAUAUAUCCAGAGAUCCUAGAGAUGAUGCUUCUUAUGUUAGAAGCAAGUAGUGGUAGUAUUAGUAGUAGGCUGAACUACACUGAAGCAUUUCAUUAAGGAGGUAUGCUUCAUUGCACAGUGGGAGUCUUUGCUGGGACUACUGAUUUUUAUUUUUCCAUGUUCCUUUGGAACCAGUUUUCUGAACUUUGUAUAUUUGUUUGGGGGACACAACUCUUUCCCCUCCCCCCCAUUCUAUAUCCUGAGAGUAGCAGAACUCUUUUUAAGAAUUGAGAAAGGGGAGAAACUGAACCACAUCCAUGAUACUGUUUUUAUUUGUAAUACUUGAAAUUUAUUUUUUUAAUAUUAUUUUGAUAGCAAAUGCUAUUUAUUUAUUUAAUGUAUAUGGUGGUGCCAGGUGUGUGAGAGUGAGAGAUGUGUCUGGGUUGGGAGCAUUUUUUUCCUAAACUUGUGAUUUAGUAGGUGUGCUUUAUGUUUGUCUUUAAUAAUCACCUGGGAUAAACUCUGCUAGCUUGUAAACAGGGUAUGCCUUUCAGAAAUUUGUAUAUUUUGCAGUUGCUAGACAAAUAAAAAUAUCUUGUUAAAGUA